AUGUCUCAUCUCUCUGCCGCCAUUGCCAGGCAGGCACGUUUGCACGCUGUCGACAAGCGAUUAGUUUGGCAGCGAGCCAGAGCUGUCACUAGCCGUGGCAGAGUCAGAUUCCUUUCUGCUACUACAUCUGCAGGAGAAAGAUCGAGGGCGGAGGAGGAAGAGCACACGGUCGUUCCGUCUCGCGAAGGAUGGCUCUUCAUUGACUCCGUGUUUCCUGUUCGACUAGGCACCCUGGAUCUUCGCCAUUACAUCGGCAUCUUCCGAGAAGAGACUCUACUUGACAGAGUGUCCGCUCUUCUCAGUUCUGUGAAGACUUGUGGGUUUCAGCUCAAGUCAGUGGAGCCACACCACAAAGAUGGUGGUGUCUUCGCCAAGUUUGGCUAUGAUCCGAGCGCUCCCGAAGAUGAAGCUCUGAGGAAAAUCUUGGAAGAACUCAGGGACAAUGUUGCGAAGAGUGGCGGCGUACCUUCUUGGAUAGGUGUGCCUCAAGGAAACAUGAGCUUUGGUGAUACUAUUUCUCAGGACAUGAACUACUACGCUUCCACCAUUGUCAGGAUUUCCUUCGAAGGCUCUGACCUUAGAGAGGAGACUCUUUUUGAUCUUUUACGGCCUUUCGGUCGAAUUAUAACCAUUGAUCCACCCACACCUCCUCCAGCAGGGUCCUUGCGUUCGGCUAUUGUCACCUUCCGUCAUGUACGCUCGGCUGCGAUAGCUCGCAAUACCAUCCAUGGGCUUGCAGUCCCUCCGGAGCCCUCGUCGACUAAUCUGACUCGUCUCAGGGCUAAGUAUCAGCGGCCCAUUCAGGCUCAUGUUAUCCGCGAUUAUAUCUCCAACCACCCGAAAAUAUUCUUGCCUAUAUUUAUCUUCUUGCUUGGGUCCCUGACAUACACUAUAUUUGAUCCCGUCCGAGUCUUCAUGGUUGAGGGCAAGCUGAAUGACUGGUUUGAUCUUAAGGAGUACAAAUUCUACAAAUGGCUCCGCUCAAAUACGAUCGACCACUUCUACUUGACCACCUCAGAUGAAUCUGAUGCGGCUCUAAUUCGGGCCAAUGCCUGGAAGGAGCGAGAAGACGCUGCAGGACAGUUGAAUCGAUAUCUCACUGACGUGCCUAGCACUGUCGCCUUUGUUCAUGGCCCGCAAGGCAGUGGCAAGAGCCGUAUGAUAUCCGCCAUGCUCAAGGAUACCCAUAGGCCUGCUUUGACCAUAGAUGUCGGAGCCCUCUGUGCAGCAAGCUCAGAUACCGCCUUGAUCACAGGUUUGGCGAACCAGACAGGUUAUUGGCCGGUCUUCUCAUUCCUUAGCUCCAUGAGCAGCCUUAUUGACCUCGCAAGCGUUGGCCUGAUUGGUCAAAAGGCCGGUUUAAGCACCUCGCUACCCGAUCAGCUGAAACAAAUUCUCGAGGUCGUCGGCGCGGCUCUGCGCGAUGUGAAUGUCAACUAUCGUAAACGGCAUGCUCGGAGGCUCGAGGAAGAGCAAGUCAGCAAGCUCAUCGCCGAGCAAGAGGCGAAAGUGCAGGAACGCAUCCGCAUGGGAAUUUGGCACGACCCAAGACUGGACUGCGUCGCAGGCAAUGGUGUCAUGAGUGAGCUCGGUGUUGGGGACGAGCGGCUCGGCGUGAAUGACGCUGAAGUGAAGCCAAUGAAUGUGAAUAAUGCGGUUGACGAGAAAGAUACGCAAGAGAAUAACGCCACUUCGACUGGAAACGGCAGUGCGGAAGGCAAGCAGUCGCAGUCUGAGGAUACACAGGCCAUCGAGGCGAUGCCAAUUGUAAUCCUCCGGGGUUUCGAGUCCAAGGGUGGAGGCGCGAGACGUGAAGAGUUGCUGAACGUCGUCUCGCAGUGGGCCGCUAGCCUUGUUGAAGGCGAGGUUGCACACGUAGUUGUCGUCAGCGAUAACCGCGAGAACGCCAAACGGCUAGCAAAAGCUUUGCCUUCGAAGCCGCUGAACUUGAUCCAGCUGUCAGACGCCGACAGUGGUAGCGCGCUCAGCUUCGUCAAACAGAAGCUCCAUGAUGCCGGCGUCGAGAUCGACUUUAAGCCGGAGCAAUUCUCGUACAUCGAGCGACUCGGCGGUCGUGCCGCCGACCUCGAAAGCUUGAUUCACAAAGUUCGGAGCGGUAUGACCGUCGAGCAAGCUGUGGACGACAUCAUCUCUCGGGGCGUCAGCGAGCUGCGGAAGAACGCUUUCGGAGACGACGCAGAAGAUGCGAAGAACCUCCCUUGGUCGCGAGAGCAGGUCUGGAAGCUUAUGAAGGAGCUUGCAAAGAAACCUGAGAUUCCGUACCAUGAAGUUCUGAUAGAUUUCCCCUUCAAGGGUGAUGAAGGCCCCUUACGCGAGAUGGAGCGUGCCGAGUUCAUUGCGAUUAAUAUCCAGGAUGGUCGUCCGACGAACAUCAAACCGGGGAAGCCCGUGUACAGACUCGUCUUCGAGAAGCUCGUCCAGGACUCCGUAUUUGCCGCGAUCCAGGAUAUUGCCUACAAUCAGAAGAUUAUUGUCUCCAACGAGGCGACUGUUCGGGCUUGUGAGGAGGAGCUCAUGACGCUCAAGGAGGUUGAGGCAGGAACGUCGCACUGGUGGGGUUCACGGAAGGCUGUUAGCAGCCGUGGUGAGUACUUGCUCAAGAAGAUGCGCGCCGCAGUGGAGAAGAUCGAAGCUUUGGAGAAGCAAAAUGCUGUUCUGAAGAGGACACUUUCUAAGGCGCAGUGA